GAUGCACUCGAUAUCUCGGCUGACGCUGCCUGGCGCUAGAACCAGGAAGGCGCUGAGCUUAAACUGGAGCAAGUACGUUGGAGGCCGGCGGCGCCCUGAUCUGAGAAAAGUCUCAGGGUCUGCGGCGCUUGCAAGUCAACGGAAAGUGUGAGGCCAAAGAAAUGGGACGUCGGUCAUCAGAUACUGAAGAAGAAAGCAGAAGCAAGAGAAAAAAGAAACACCGUAGACGCUCCUCCUCCAGCAGUUCUUCAGAUAGUAGAACAUACAGCCGGAAGAAAGGAGGAAGGAAAUCAAGAUCAAAGUCAAGAUCUUGGUCCAGAGAUCUUCAGCCUCGCUCACAUUCUUAUGAUAGAAGACGCAGGCAUCGAUCAAGCAGUAGCUCUUCGUAUGGCUCUAGAAGGAAACGAAGUCGAAGUCGUUCAAGGGGUCGAGGGAAAUCCUAUAGAGUUCAGCGGUCUAGGUCAAAAAGCAGAACAAGAAGGUCCAGGUCAAGACCUCGUCCACGUUCUCAUAGUCGUAGCAGUGAAAGGUCCAGUCACAGAAGAACGCGUAGUCGGUCUCGGGAUAGAGAACGACGUAAAGGCAGAGAUAAAGAGAAGAGAGAAAAGGAGAAGGAUAAAGGGAAGGACAAGGAAUUACAUAACAUCAAACGUGGGGAAUCUGGAAACAUCAAAGCUGGAUUAGAACAUCUGCCACCAGCUGAACAGGCCAAAGCCAGACUGCAGCUGGUUCUCGAAGCUGCUGCAAAAGCUGAUGAAGCAUUGAAAGCCAAGGAAAGAAAUGAGGAAGAAGCAAAGAGAAGAAAGGAGGAAGACCAAGCCACCCUGGUAGAACAAGUAAAAAGAGUAAAAGAAAUUGAAGCUAUUGAAAGUGAUUCUUUUGUUCAGCAGACAUUCAGAUCAAGUAAAGAAGUCAAAAAGUCAUUGGAACCUAAUGAAGUGAAACAGGCAACUUCAACGUCAGGACCAGCAUCAGCAGUUGUUGAACCACCCAGUACUGAAAAAGAAAUAGAUCCUAGCAGUAUCCCUACUGCUAUCAAGUACCAAGAUGACAAUUCCCUGGCCCAUCCAAAUUUAUUUAUUGAGAAAGCUGAUGCUGAGGAAAGAUGGUUCAAGAGGUUAAUUGCUCUCCGACAAGAAAGACUAAUGGGCAGUCCUGUGGCCUAAGUUACAUAUAUAUAUAAAACUGGAUUGGAUUUAGCAGUAACAUUGGGAAUUUAGGUUUUUAAAUCCCAAUAUUAACUUUUUAUUCUUAAAAAUAAUUUUGCUGAUUAUAUAUAAAGGUAGUCUCAUUUCAUUUGUCUCUCAUGCAGGCUUGAAUAUUUGUUGAUUUGAAUUAAAUCAAACAUUGUGAAGAUUAAAACAUAAAAUUUAAGAUUGCAUGAAAAUGUUAUAAACUAAUCAUAAAUAGGUCAGUGUUAAAAUGAAUGAUACAUAGUAGUGUUUCUUAGUACAAUUCAAAAAAGUCAAGAUGUUAUUUAAAGACACAAUUUUGAUUAAUUAUGCAUAUAUUAAAUUACAUCCUAUAAAUAGGAGAUUUCAUCUUCCAUCUGGUAUUCAGCCAUUUUUAAAUAUUUUAUUUCACCUUAUUGCAAAUUUUUAGGCACAAUAAAAAGCACCCUAAACAAUGUAAGCAGAAUGUGUAUGUUAACAUGUUUAUUAAAAAAAAUUUUGAAACUCUAAUAAACUGAUGAUUUUGCUUAGA